AAAUCGAUGACCUUUCAAGUAAGUAUUAGCUAAAUAUAAAUUAGAACAAUAAAAUAUGAAUUUAGUAAAUGAUUACAAUUAUGAUGAAGGAGCUAUAGGUUAAUUAUUUAAAUUAAUAUAAAUAUAGCAAUUACCGGAUCUAAAACAAUGUAGUAAGAUCCAAUAAAUGAAGAAGUGAUUUGUAAAAAUAUGUAUCUCAUAAUUAAGAUCAAAAAACUAAUAGACCCAUCAAUUGUUGGCUAAAUUGAAUUAGAAAAUGAUGGAGUUCAACUUGAUGAACAACCAAUAUCUAAAGUCAAGAAAACUAAUAAAGUAGUCCCUCUUAUAGAGAAGUAAUAUCAAACUAAUUUUGAAUGGGAAAGAGAUCGCAAUUAUAUUCUUCAAUAGAUUAAUACAUUUGAUUAUGACAAAAAAUUUAAUAGUAAUUUUAAUCAUAAUAUUACAAAAAGAGGUUGACAUCUAUUCAGCAAUCAAAGAAGACUAUAAAUAGAGUUUCAAGAUCUCUAGUAGUGCUAUAUUAGAAGAUAAGAAGAGAGAAAAAGAAUUUUAUGCAGAAUUCAGAAAAGUUUAUUCUAAUGUGAGAAGAUUACUCUAAUAUUUAUUUGAAGGAUUAGAAUAAAAAAAAAGUGAAUAAGUUAUUAAAGAGUAUACUGAAACUCUAAAAUAAGAAAUCAAAGUUAUUAGAAAUAAAAUUUAUUAAUUUUAAGUAUCUGCUUCAGAUAGAGAUAAGUUUAAAAGCAGCAUCCUAUAUGAAGAUUUAUAAAAAUAAUUUGAAAAGGCUAUUAAUGAGACUAUCUGA